GACGUGCGGCUAAACAUAUGGUACCUGUAUUUCACGUUGAGCAAAGCGCUAGAGCUAUUUGACACGCUAUUCAUCGUGCUGCGAAAACAAAAACUGAUCACGCUACACUGGGUGCACCACGUGCUAACGCUGACCUAUUCGUGGUACGUGAUCGGCGACGUGCCGGCCACCGCCCGUUGGAUGGUUAACAUGAAUUUCAUGAUCCACUCAAUGAUGUACACGUAUUACGCGCUGCGGGCCAUGCGUUUUGCGAUACCCCGUGUGGUCAACAUAACCAUCACUUCCCUACAAAUCGCUCAGAUGUUUGCCGGCCUAUUCAUCAACUACUUGGCCCUUCACUACAAGCUGUCGGGCAUACCGUGCGAUCUGUCCCGCAAAGUGGCCGUCUUUGGCUUCUCCUUGUAUUUCCUGUUUUUCCUCUUAUUUAUGAAU